GCUGUGUGAGAGCAGCCGCGAUGCUUUUCUAGUAGGUUGAAAUUGAACAGGCAGAGAUGCACGAGUCUGAUGGAGGUCGGCGGACUUGAGCACAACUGUUUCAGAAAUACAGCUGUUGUGAGGCUCACAGCUUCCAGUAGCCCCCCUCCCACAGAAUUCUGCAGAGACCUGUUAUCAAAGGGCAAAUUCCCCAGCCUCUGAGCAAAUCGGGGGCUACCCGAUGAAUCCGGCAGAUUUUGAGGGACUGUUUUGGUACAAGCUCUUCAUCCCAUGCUUCACGUGGGGCAGCAUCCUGGGGACCUUUUUGGGUCCUCUGCUCUUCCCAACACAGUGGUUUCUGUUCGUGGCAGCCUUUAUGAUCGUCUUCGUCCUUGUGUCCCUAUCCCAGCUGAGUCGCAUGGUGGGCAUGAUCAGCCGGAUUCAGCAGACAAUCUCACGCAGCGUGCCGUUGACCAGCGCAGCUGUCGAGGAAGUGCAGCACAGAAGCCGCUGCUGGAGUCGUGACAGCGGGCUCAAGGCUGGCACUCUGGAAAAUGAUGGGGAUGUGGCAGAUGAGGCAGGGCAGCACAUUGUACUGGAUGUGGGCAGGCCAUUCAUGCAUGCCUUCAUUAUUCCAAAUUACAAGGAGCCCAUGUCUCUUCUCAAGAGUACACUGCAGGCGUUGGCAGACCACAAGACAGCUGCAGAGCGCUAUCUGGUUGUGCUUGCAAUGGAGGCAACCGAGGAUGGGCAUGAGGCCAAGGCGAUGAAGCUGGCAGAGGAUUUCAAGGGCAGGCAAGUGUCCCAUCAGCCGGGGGAGAUGAGGGGAAAGGCGUCAAAUGUGGACUGGGCAGCUCGUGGUGCACUCCUGGAGUUCCGCCUCAUGGGUCUGGACACCAAGCGGAUCAUGGUGACCAACAUGGACGCCGAUGCGCAAGUGCCCGCACUCUAUGUAGAAGAGGUUGACAGGGCUGCAGCAGCUGCAGAGGACCCGCACCUGCUGGUGUACGCUGCCCCCAUCCUCUUUGAGCGCAAUGCCUACGAUGUGCCCGUCUUCACCCGCGUGCACGACUUCAUGUGGUCAGCCAUGGCGAUGCAGAACCUGGCCAGCCCCAUGCAGCUGGGCUUCCCGAUCUCCAACUACACCAUGUCUCUGUCGCUGCUGGAGCACAUCGAGUUCUGGGACACCAACGAGGACGCCAUUGGGGAGGACUUCCACAUGUUUGUCAAGGCGUACUUCAAGACGCAGGGACAGGUGCGGCUGGUGGCCAUCCCAUCCCCGAUCAACAUGCUCAACCUGCAGGCGGCGGGAUGGUGGCCGACGAUCUGGGCGCGCAUGGUUCAGGCGGAGCGCCACGCGCGCGGCUGCGCCGACUUUGCCUACUGCCUCAAGCACGCGCGCAGCAUGCCCAAGUUCUCAUGGACCACAGUCGCCCUCUGCCUCAAGGUGCUGGAAGCGCAGAUGCUGCCGGCUACCGCACCCUUCUACAUGGGAAUGGCUGCUGGUUGGGCUGUGUUUGUCAGUGGGUUCAUCAAUCACACAGCUAUCAGCCUUAUGGCUCUGAAGUUCAUUGCGGUGUUCGGGAUCAUGGGAAUUCCCAUUUUCUUCUCGCUAGCCACCUGCAAUGAGGUUGUGCGAAGAUACGUGAGGCCGCGGCUGUACAAUACAAGAAAUGUCCCAUUGUGGAGGUCCAUCGAGUACGUUGCGCUGCUGGUGGAUGUGUGGCUGUUCAUGGUGCUGCCGACUGUGUUUGCGCUCACCAAGUCGGUGCUGCCCAUCAGCCAGGGUGAGUAUGUGGUGGCGGAGAAGCUGGUGACGGAGGAUGAGGAGAAGGGUCUGGCUUUGGGGCCGCUCUCCAGCGGGUCUCUGCACUCCAUGGGCACGCAUGACUCCAGCUCCAGCCUCGACUGGGCCCUGGACAACGCUGGCAAGGAGCAGGGGGCGGGGGAUGUGACGAGUGACCUGGGCAAAGCGGCAGCCGAGAGGCAACGCCAGGGGCUGGACUGGAGGGAGGCCUCAACCCCCCAGGCCGUGGACGCGCGCGCCUGCCAGCCGCUGCCGCAGGUGCUGAAUGGGUCGGAUUCGCCGAUAGCGAGCGGCAAGUGGGGGCCGCCUCCGCCGCAGCUGAGCAACGGCGGCGCGCCGAUCCGGUCGCGCACAUGCGUAUCCCGGGGCGCGCCGGCCGUUGCGCAGAAUGCGCCGCUGACGGCCUCUGCCGACCUGAAGCAAUCGCCGUCGCGGGAUUCCACGCCGCGCAAAGCCGACCGGCCAGAGAUCUACAAGUUCUUCUCCGGCUGGGUCUCCCCAGUGCUCACCAGCUUCAGAUGAUGAUGACUGGGUGGCUAAGCACAGCCCACAGAGACUCUGUGGACCUGCUGCUCGAGGUGGCCGUGAUGCAGAGCGUGCAACAAUGUAGCUCGUUCCACUUGAUUCUGGUAGGACAGUGUCCGUUGUAGUGCAGUAGGGAUACUGUCCAACCACUGACGCACUGGCAAGACAUCUGCAGAAGCUGACCGGGCCGGGCAUGUGUGUGCCUGUGCCGAUCAGCUUCUAAAGGACACAUCUGUCAUCUUAGUGCUGCUCUUGAGACUGUGCUGUUGUCGUCUAUGGAGGAGUAUGUCUGCGUCUGGACGCUGCGCAAGGGAGUGCUGGGGGCGGUGGUGGAACGCUGGUGUGCAAGCAUUGCUUGCAAUUGCUUAACAGCUAGGGCAGAUGGCGUCUACUGUGCACCCCAUUGCCAUUCAGUUUGAUAGAAUGAGAAAUAAACUAAACUGGGAUAUCUGUACGUGAUCAUCGGUGUCUGCGACAUGCCCACGAGGAUUUCUGCAGCCCUCGUAUUCUUACUGUCCAUCAUUCUGGGCACUGCAGGCGGACAGACUGGGAAACUCCACCUCUCUCCAUAAGGGCUUGUUGCGAUUUUGUGUGCUGGUUGAAAUGGGGAACUCUGUUCGAAGCUUGUUCCAUUUGCACUGAACAAAGGCCGGAGGUGCGAGGGUUUUAGAUAUGCUAGGUGACUUUUCUGUUUUGCUCUUGGCGGUCAUUGAUUGCUUUCAUAAUGAUGAUCAUGUCAUUUGCAUGGAAAUAUUGCAGUGCAUCUUUCUUUGUGGCAAGCGCCUUGAUGGUAUGCUUAAGAUCUGUGGUCUCUCAAUUAUUUGGGAAUUUAUUGUCUAGUCCGACUGAUGUGAGUCACCAUGAUUGAUAAGGAAGCGUGAUG